AUGUCUUAAAGCAGUAAAUGUUUCAUUUUCAUAAACAUUAGAUAUUUCCGUAAAUGAGAAUGGGUGGAUUAAAUGGUAUUGCAAUUUAGAAGACCAUCACUUUUUUUGUGAGAUUGAUGAAUUUUUUAUAGCAGACUAAUUUAAUCUUUAUGGAUUGAAAUAGUUGUUUGAUCAUUUUGAGUAACAUCAAUUUAAAAUACUAUAUUAGAGAAGCAUUAUAAAUGAUUUUAUCUCCAAAUACCCCAACAGAUGAAGAUUUAGAGGAUGAUUAGUAUUAAAUGAAAAAUUAUAAUUAAGAUUUUUGGAACUCUAUAAUGAAGCAUCAGAAUUAUAUGGUUUAUUACAUGCUAGAUUUAUUAUUACUCCCUAGGGAUUAACAUUAAUGAAAUCCAAAUAUUUAUAAGGCAGAUUCGGAGUAUGUCCCAGAGUAUUGUGUGAGAGAUAGAAUGUGUUGCCAAUAGGUUUAAGUCACGACCUAAGAACUUCUCGAGUUAAGGUAAUCAACUAUUACAUAAAUAAUCAAGAUCUUCUGUCCAAGAUGUUAGGAUGUUUAUUCUCCUAAAAAGUAAAUGAGUGAUGUGGAUGGUUCAUUUUUUGGUUCUGUGUUUCCUCACAUAUUUUUAUCUGUAUUUUCAGAAUUAAAUCCAACUUAACCAGCAAAUGAAUAUGUAUCCAAAAUAUUUGGGUUUAAAGUUCAUAAAAAGAAAGGUUCAAAAUUUCAAAUUCAAUAAAAUUAAACUGAGAUGUAUUAUUAUGCUGAGGAUCACAUUAAAAGACUUUCACAAAUAUCAAAUUCGUAAUAAUAAUAAUCUUAAUAACAAAUAUAAUAAUAAUCUCAGAAAAAUGACGAGGAAGCAGAAAAAAAAUAAAAAGAGGCAUUAAAUGCCAUAUAGAAGUUAUAGAAAUAAAAGUAAAAAAAAUGAUUCUGG